UCAGCUGAACAAUUUGCAGAGUGCAACUUUUUUGAGACUGAGGCUGAUGUAGCUUCCUCCAAACAGUUGGUGGACAUGUUAAGCCAGUAAUUUGACUUUAAUGGGAGCACCUUAACUGUUGGACAUCACACAAUUUCACAGAGUAGUAGUGUCAUUCUGGGACUUAGUGUGGCUCUUUUGCUGUGCUCUGGUAGAGAAAGCUGCUUUCACUUUGUUAACAGCGGGGGAAUGGACCAGCUUGCAUAUGUUUUUAGUCAUGACAUGGUGAAUUCUACCACCAUUAGGUUGCUUCUACUUGGAGUUAUUGAGCAGGCUACACGGCAUUCAGUUGGUUGUGAAGGUUUUUUAGGGUGGUGGCCUCGAGAAGAUGAGAAUAUCCCAUCUGGCAUUAGUGAAGGUUACAGCAGAUUGUUGAAUUUAUUACUGCAGAAACCACGUCAUGAUGUGGCUUCUCUUGCAACUUUUGUCCUUCAUCGCUUACGAUUUUAUGAAGUAGCUUCACGUUACGAAAGUGCAGUUCUGUCCAUAUUGGGAGGCCUAUCCACUGACAGCAAGGUUACAGCUGAUACUUCAAACAUGCUUAUAAGUGCCAAGUCACAACUCAAAAAGCUAUUGAAACUGAUAAAUGCACGUGGUCCAAUUGAAGAUCCUUCUCCGGUGUCCUGUGCAAGUAGAUCAUUGGUUCUUGUUCAGACAGAAGGAUUGUUAUCAUACAAAGCAACCAGUAGCUUUAUUGCUUCAUCGAAUUGUUGCUUUUUAAAUUCAGAUAUUGACUGGCAUUUGCUGAGCCUUCUUAAGGAGAGGGGCUUUCUUCCCUUAUCAGCUGCACUGUUGUCAUCCUCAAUAUUGCGUUCAGAUGUGGGAGAUGCUAUGGAUAUAUAUUUGGAUAUUGCCUCCUCUAUUGGGGCCAUAAUUCUUUCGCUUCUUUUUUGUCGCUCAGGGUUAAUAUUUCUACUACAUCAUUCUGAACUUUCUGCUACAUUACUUCGUGCUCUGAGGGGGGUUGUUGAUAUUAGUAAGGAAGAGUGCGUUCCUCUUCGGUAUGCGUCUAUUUUGAUGUCAAAGGGUUUUGCUUGUGGUCCACAGGAAGUUGCAACGAUAGUAGAGAUGCAUCUGAGGGUGGCUAAUGCCAUAGAUCGUUUACUCACAUCAAAUCCACACUCGGAAGAAUUUUUAUGGGUGUUGUGGGAACUGUGUGGCCUGUCGAGGUCUGAUUGUGGACGCCAAGCUUUGCUGGUUCUGGGGUUUUUCCCUGAGGCUGUUUCAGUAUUGAUUGAAGCUUUACAUUCUGCCAAGGAAUUGGAGCCAGUAACUAAAAAUAGCGGAGCUUCACCUCUUAAUCUUGCCAUUUUGCACUCAGCUGCUGAGAUUUUUGAAGUCCUUGUUACUGAUUCAACUGCAUUUUCUCUGGGUUCUUGGAUCGGACAUGCUAGGGAACUUCACAAGGCUCUACAUUCUUCUUCUCCUGGGUCUAAUAAGAAAGAUGCACCCACACGUCUGUUGGAAUGGAUAGAUGCUGGUGUAGUUUAUCACAAAAAUGGGGUUAUUGGUCUCCUACGUUAUGCUGCUGUGUUAGCUUCUGGAGGAGAUGCUCACUUAACCUCAACCAGCAUUUUAGUAUCAGAUAUGAUGGAUGUUGAAAAUGGCACUGGAGAACCUUCCAGUGGUUCUGAUUUUAAUGUUAUGGAGAAUCUUGUUAAAAUUAUUACUGAAAAGUCUUUUGAUGGUGUAACCCUUCGAGACUGUUCAAUAGCACAGCUGACAACAGCACUUAGAAUUUUGGCUUUUAUUUCAGAAAACUCAACUGUUGCUGCUGCCCUCUAUGAUGAAGGUGCUCUAAUGGUGAUCUAUGCAAUUCUAGUUAACUGCAGGUUCAUGCUUGAGAGAUCUUCAAACAGUUAUGAUUAUCUUGUUGAUGAUGUUACAGAAUGUAAUUCUUCAUCUGAUUUACUAUUGGAACGUAAUCGUGAACAGAGUUUAGUUGAUCUUUUGGUUCCGUCUUUGGUAUUACUAAUUACCAUUCUGCAGAAAUUACAGCAAGGUAAUGAGCAGCAUAAAAAUACCAAACUAAUGAAUGCCCUUCUGCGUUUGCAUCGAGAAGUGAGCCCCAAGCUGGCUGCAUGUGCAGCAGACUUAUCCUCAUCUUAUCCUAAUUCAGCCCUUGGGUUUGGAGGAGUCUGUCAUCUUGUUGUGUCAGCACUUGCUUUUUGGCCAAUUUAUGGCUGGACUCCCGGCCUUUUUCACUCCCUUCUUGCCAGUGUUCAAACUACUUCAAUUCUGGCUUUGGGACCAAAGGAGACCUGUAGUUUGCUUUGUCUUCUGAAUGAUUUGUUUCCUGAAGAAGGUGUCUGGCAUUGGAGGAAUGGAAUGCCCUUGUUGAGUGCUCUUAAAACAAUAGCUAUUGGGUCGUUGUUGGGGCCUCAGAAAGAGAGACAGGUUGAUUGGUAUCUAGAGCCUGGACACCUUGAGAAGCUGCUUAGCCAAUUGAGACCUCAUCUUGACAAAAUUGCACAGAUAAUCCAUCAUUAUGCUAUUUCUGCAUUGAUAGUCAUACAAGACAUGCUUCGAGUUCUUAUAAUACGCAUUGCUUGCCUAAAACCUGAAAAUGCUUCUGUACUUCUACGGCCUAUAUUAUCAUGGAUUCGUAUUCGUGUUUUUGACUCAUCUUAUCCAUCAGAGAUGGAUGUAUACAAGGUUCACCGAUUUCUGGAUUUUCUUGCUUGCUUGUUGGAGCAUCCAUGUGCUAAGGCACUAUUGUUGAAGGAGGGUGUUCCUGAAAUUCUAAGAGAAGCGCUGGAGAAGUGUCUUGAUGCCUGUGAUGCAGAUGGAAAACUGAUUUUAGAUGACGUAAAUUCUGCCAAGUGUGGUUUUACUUUGACCGGUUGGUGCCUUCCUGUAUUCAAGUCUAUCUCACUACUUUGUAGUUCUCGAACACCUCUACAAUACUCUGGGAGACAUGAUUUGUACAAGUUUGAAGAUUUGAGUUCUGAAGAUUGUUUGUUAAUUGCUCCAUACAUCCUUAAGUUUUGUCAGGUACUACCAGUUGGAAAAGAAUUAGUCUUUUGUCUUACUGCUUUCAAGGAAUUAGUUUCUUGCAAUGGAGGUCAAAAGGCUUUGGUUUCUACUGUAUGUAAUACUCGCUCAACUCUUGAAGAACUUGAUUCAGGGGGAAGACAUGAAAGGAAUGGGAACCUUAGUCUUCUUAAUGAGUUUGAAUGGAGAAAGAAUCCUCCUUUAUUUUGUUGCUGGACAAAGUUGUUAGAAUCAAUUGAUUCAAAAGAUGGCUUGUCAACUUAUGCAAUCGAGGCUGUCAGUGCUCUGUCUUUAGGUUCUUUGCGCUUUUGCGUGGAUGGAAAAAGUUUGAACCUGGAUGCGGUUGUCGCAUUGAAAUAUCUUUUUGGGCUUGCUGAUGAUGAUAAGAGUGGGACUGAGGGCUUUUCAGAGGAGAACAUAAAUUACAUACAGAAAUUGGCUACUGUUUUGAAUUCAAAUAUCAAUGAUGAAUAUGACUUUUCAGCGAACCCUGAUAUACAGACCACUUUGUCUCAGCUCAACUAUGUCAAUGAACAGAUUGCAAAGAUUGAUCCUUGUCAGCUCAGUCCUUGGCCCUCAGAUGAUAUGGGGUUGGUUUUAAGUGCUGAUAUAUUUCAUGGAAUUUCCUAUGCUCUUUUGUCUUUGUGA